AUGGCCUUCAUGCGCGAACUGCGACAAGCGCGGACAUACCCCGAUGUAUUCAAGCACGCACGGCGUGACUACAUCGAGUCGGCAGUGUCAAGUCCUCGUCAAGUUGUUAAGCUUUCCGACACACCUACUAUCUACAGCUCAGAAGAUAUGCAGCUGUUCCAUCACUAUCUCGUCUCAGCACAUCCUUGGAUCCCGCACGACUGGGAAGAGCUUUGGGUCACAGACGUUCCGGCAGCGUGCCAUAAAUACCCAUAUCUCAUGGAUGCUAUGCUGGCUCUUGCUGGAUCUCAUCUUGCCGUUCAAGUUGAAAAUCCACAGACUGCCCUGGCGGUCCAACAUCGACAAAAAGCCAUUGUUGGCCUCGAGGACGCCUUCGCUAGUUGGCCCCCGACGGCUGAGGAAUCGUAUAUCAUGUUAGCAACUUCUUACCUCCUGUGCUUCCAGUCAAGCUACAUAGGUGACGGUUUUCUUGACCACUUUUUGUCCUUGCGGGGAUGCUCGUUCCUCUCUCAGCUUAUCAUAGGCGAAGGCUUUCGCAGCCCUUUCUCCACACAGAAAGGCUUGGACACUAUAGCUAUGGACACCGCAUUUACCAAGUUUCCUGAAGUCGACCAGGAACUUUUGCAAGAGGCUCUACUGUCUUUGAAAUCCCUUUCCAGCAUAAUGGAUGGAACUGGUAUACAUUCCAUCGAGAAGGCCAUUGUUGGCCAGCUCACCGAAACACUUCGACUCCUGCUGCACUCGGACCUGGAAAUCGAAACUGACGAACUUCCAAUACCUCGUGACUCGCCGUUGGGUCUCUUUCCGUUCGCUAACCCGAUCUUACCACAAGAUUUCGGGCUCGUGUUUGACAACAUCGACUGGGAGAAUGUUACGGAUCCUCUUCCUGGCGCUCCAUACCCCAUCCGGUCUUUUGCAGCUAUGAUGGUCAUCCUCACGAUCUUCUCAACCUGGCCACACGAAGCACUCAUGCGCAUGUUUGACCGUACAAACCAGCUCGGCAACGUCGUCAUGGCCCACUUUUGCGCUGUACGAUUCAUUCUGUCGUCGCUAGCUGCUCCAAAAAUGGCUUUGAAAACUCCUACAAGAGCGACUGUUCAAUGGAAUGCUCUGAUCAUGGCAGCUAUAGACGAUGAUGAAAGUGGAGAAUGGACGAAAUAUGUGGAAUGGCCAAGAAAGAUAUUACGAUCAACACUCAAUAUCUUCACCAUGCUAGAAGCUCUUGUGAUGGCCAUCUUGAGGUUUCUGGCUCGCAUCCUACUACUAUGCAUCAACUUCUGGACUUUCAUCACCGAUCUACCUUCAAGAUGCACACGCCUUGUGCUAGCCCUUCUUGCAUUCGAUCCAAUCGCCUGGCUCGGUUCGGCGAUAGCGCUUACCCUAUUCCUCGCGAUUCGCUCAGGUUACCAGAUGAUUUUAGAGACCGCGAAGCUACUCGCCCUCAGAGAGGAGCUUGAGGCUGAACUCGAGCGUCAUGUCGCGCUCAGAACAAUCAGAUUCAAUCGGGUGCGCGCGGGUACUUACGACGAAGGAACUGUCGUGCAGGGUAUCCACAUCAUUGCAGCGGACAAGUGGGAUAUGGUUAUCUGCGGAAUGGAAAUUGCGGGUGGGCGGCGAGAUGGGCAUUUUUGGGCUCGCAUUCGUGGAGCUGAUGAGUGGAUCAAGUUCGGAAGCCAGCUCGUCAUCAACGGCAAUGAUGUUACCGAAGAGGUGGUAAACUCAGGUGGGCACGUAGAUCUCCAGUGGGCAGAGACAGAGACACCACCAGAGUACAGACACCCCAUAGACUAA